AUGCCAGGCCUUGCAACCACGGAGGCAAAUACAUCGGCCUCUGCAUCCUCUGAGGUUUCUUUCGAUAUCUGCGAAACGUACGCUUCAUUCCUAAAGAAUGAGGAGCUAUCGGCUCCCCUGGCCGCGAUUUUAGCCCUUAGCAAGCUGAUUGAGACAUCCGAUGGUAUUAUACCAAAGACCAUAGCCGGAACCAUGCUUGAGCUGGUGAAAGCUCUGAAUAAUGGUGCAGAAGCUUUGAAGUUGUCAACUUCCAAUCCGAUCAGUUUGAACGCUGGGUGCGAAUUAUUCAUCGCGUUUGUCACACUGCUCCCGCAUGAUUCCGCAAGCUUCUCCGAUUUGAAACUAGAGCUUGUUAGACAAGGCCAAAAAUAUGCUGCUGAGGCUCUCACUUAUCGCGAUAAAAUUGCAAACCUUGCGCUGGGGUUCAUCAAAGAUGAUUCGGUGAUCCUGACUCAUUCCUAUUCGAGAGUAGUGAUGAAGACCUUACUCCGUGCCCAUGAGAGAAAGAGAAUAUCGGUCUAUGUGACGGAAGCACGGCCUCGCGGCUUAGGCCUACGAACCUAUGAAGAACUUACUGCCGCAGGUAUACCCUGCACUGUGGUGCUAGAUUCAGCGGCAUCAUAUGUCAUGGACAAGGUAGAUUUUGUUCUAGUGGGAUCAGAAGCUGUCGUAGAAAGCGGCGGCUUGAUCAAUGCCGUUGGCAGUAACCAAAUCGCAAUCAUUGCGCAGGCCGCGAAUAUCCCUUUUUACGCUCUCGCUGAGAGGCAAUAUGACCUGCCAACGCACACAUCCAAUACUCUGUCUUUCCCUUUGUCCCCAGCAGGCAACGUUGCGUCCCCUCCGACCACGGGUGCGAUCAAAUCAGCACAUGAAAAGGCCAGCAAUUGCGACAAUAUACGACAGAUGACGUCUGAACAAAUUGCGUGCAACCCUGGAGUGGACUAUACCAGGCCGGACCUGAUUACACUGGUAUUCUCCGACGUUGGCAGUUUGACUCCUGAAGGGGUCAGCCAAUAUGUUGUGGGGAUGUUUGCAGGAUAACAAAAUUGGCGAUUUACCCCUCAUCACCAAAACUUCGUCUUUAUCCGGUGAUGAGCACGAUAGAGUUUACAAUUAGCCUUUGUCACUUUCAAGAUCAGUUGCAGAUCACCAUGCGUGUGGGCGGAGCCUUUCUGUGGUGCGAGGUUAAUCAAGAGGAUGGACGUCAUAUUCUUUUGGCGUUCAAACGCAUUUGCGGCCGCCCUUGAGAUGAAACAUGCGUAACCCUGCGGGAGAGUACCCAGGCCAAUACUUCGGGGCCAUCAGUCUGAUUCUGGAUGAUAAAGGUGAGUAUUUUCGGGAAUUAUAAUGUGACAGGUCGCGAUAUGAGCGCGAGACUGGUACAAAAUAUUCGAGAGCAGCUGCCGAAAUUCUUCAGUGGAGUUCCGAAGACUGCCCAGCCCAUUUUGAAAAUA